AUGGAACGAUUUCUCCGACUUGGUGGUCUUGGUGGCGGGAUCGGCCAGUUUGGUGGAGGUCCACCAUCUGAUUCGAACCAAGUGGAUACUUCAGAAACAGUAUACAUUUCGUCACUUGCUUUGCUGAAAAUGCUCAAACAUGGAAGAGCAGGUGUUCCCAUGGAGGUCAUGGGCUUGAUGUUGGGUGAAUUCGUUGACGAGUACACAGUGAAUGUCAUUGAUGUUUUUGCGAUGCCUCAGUCAGGAACUGGAGUAUCCGUCGAAGCCGUUGAUCCAGUUUUCCAAGCUAAGAUGUUGGAUAUGUUAAAACAAACUGGUCGUCCUGAAAUGGUCGUUGGAUGGUAUCACUCUCAUCCUGGUUUUGGUUGUUGGCUCUCUGGCGUUGAUGUGAACACCCAACAGUCUUUCGAAGCACUGUCUAACCGAGCGGUAGCCGUCGUGGUCGAUCCUAUCCAGUCCGUCAAAGGAAAGGUGGUCAUAGACGCUUUCCGUACCAUUAAUCCACAGACCAUGGCUCUCAACCAGGAACCGCGGCAAACUACCAGUAACCUUGGUCAUUUGCAGAAACCUAGUAUUCAGGCCUUAAUUCACGGACUCAACCGACAUUACUAUUCAAUACCUAUUGCGUAUCGGACUCACGAUCUAGAACAGAAGAUGUUGUUAAACCUCAACAAACAAUCUUGGAUGGACUCAUUGGCUGUGCAAAAUUAUACCGGUUGUAGUGAAAAGAACAAAGAAAGCAUGACGGCAAUGCUAAAGCUAGCUAAACUUUACAAAAAGGCCCUCGAAGAUGAAGAGAAAAUGACGGAUGAAGAACUCGCUAUUAAAAAUGUCGGUAAACAAGAUCCCAAGAGACAUCUUGGUGAAGAGGUGACGAAGAUGCUCAGUGAUAAUAUUGUGCAAAAUCUUGCUGGAAUGAUGGACACCACUUCAUUUCAAUGA